AUGGAAAAACAAGAAGAUUUGGGGAACCAUGCACGUAUAAUAAUUAAUAACGAAAUGGGGUAUGGGAGUGGUAAUGGUAGGUCCGAGCAUCAUGGGACCGUCCGGGCUAAAACGAGUGUGGACAGUUUGGGUUUUAUCGUCGUGAUCAUCGGAGAUACAUGGAACUGGCCAUUGAUUGAUGCUUUACCAUCUUAUGGAAGAGGGAGGGAACUACCAGGGGAACGGUAUAGGAGCUUUAUUCAUGGCGAUGGCCUUCGGGAUGUAGUCAUCACUGGACAAAACGGGACAAUAGAUGGUCAAGGAGAAGUGUGGUGGAACAUGUGGCGCAGCAGAACACUAAAGUUCACUAGACCGAAUCUAAUCGAGCUCAUGAACUCCAAGGAGAUCAUAAUCUCCAAUGUCAUUUUCCAGAAUUCACCCUUCUGGAACAUUCAUCCUGUGUAUUGCAGCGACGUUGUCAUCCAUCACGUUACCAUCUUAGCUCCACAAGAUUCUCCCAACACCGAUGGAAUCGAUCCAGAUUCCAGCUAUAACGUCUGCAUAGAAGACUCCUACAUCUCAACAGGAGACGACCUUGUCGCCAUCAAAAGCGGUUGGGACCAGUACGGAAUCGCCUUUGGCCGUCCAAGCUCAAACAUAACGAUACGCCGCAUCACAGGGUCUUCCCCGUUCGCAGGAAUCGCUAUAGGAAGCGAAACAUCAGGAGGCAUCAAGAACAUCGUAGCAGAACACAUCAGUCUCUCCAAUAUGGGAGUUGGAGUCAACAUCAAGACAAACAUUGGUCGUGGAGGAUACAUCAAAAACAUCAAAAUCUCCAACGUUUAUGUCGAAAACGCAAAGUACGGGAUCAAGAUCGCAGGCGACACGGGAGAUCACCCGGACGCGUUUUAUAACCCAAACGCUCUCCCAGUUGUUAAAGGAAUACAUAUCAAGAACGUUUGGGGAGUAAACGUUCAAAACGCUGGCUCCAUACAAGGCCUUAAGGGUUCACCUUUUACAGGGAUAUGUUUGAGUGAGAUAAAUCUACAUGGAAGCUUGAAUUUGUAUCGGUCGUGGAAGUGUUCCGAUGUUAGUGGAACUUCACUUAAGGUCAGUCCUUGGCCGUGUUCGGAGCUGAGAACUACCGGCGGGUCUUAUUCGUGUUCUUCCACUUUUUGA